AUGGCCUUCCACACCGACCGCCAUGUCAAGUACUACCUACGCUGUCUCAAGACCUUCCUACCCUCCCUCUACACCUCCAAUGACUCCAAUCGCAUGCUCCUCGCCUACCUAACCCUCUCGGGACUCGACGUCUUGGGCGUCCUCCACGACAAAACCACCCCAACUGAACGACAAGGCUAUAUCGAGUGGAUCUACCACUGUCAGGUACCAUCGGGCGGGUUCCGCGGGUUCUCCGGCACGGAUUUCGGGCGCGAGAAGCUCAAUCGCGUGAAUGCAGUCUGGGAUCCGGCCAAUGUGCCCGCCACUUUCUUUGCGCUGGUGAAUCUCCUCGUGCUGGGCGAUGACCUGUCGCGAGUUGACCGGAGGGCGUGUCUGCAGUGGCUGCCGAAGACUCAGCGCGCAGAUGGGAGUUUUGGAGAAGUGCUCGGCGUGGAUGGGAGGGUGGAGGGUGGGCGGGACUUGCGAUAUUGUUGCUGCGCGGCGGGGACACGGUAUAUCCUUCGCGGGCGAAGUGGGAAAGGGCUCGAGGGCGUGGAGGACAUAAAUGUGGCGCAAUUGGUCUCUUUCAUUGAGGCGUGUCAGACAUACGAUGGCGGCAUGGCCGAGUCUCCCUUUCGGGAAGCGCAUGGUGGCCACACAUAUUGCGCCAUUGGCUCAUUGACCCUGCUGGAGCGAAUAUCCAAUGACUUACCACCGACGCCGCUCCUGACACCUGGCACCAGACAGUAUGAGGCAUUGCUGGCCUUUUUGGUGUCAAGGCAGACAGCGAUGCUUAGCGACGAGCCGGAGGAUGAGGUACUGGACGAACUCCCCGGCACAUCGCUCGACGAAAAGAUCCAAAGCCUGCCCGACAUCACACCACGGGAUGGCGACGCAAUACCCUGUGCCGGCUUCAACGGCCGGUGCAACAAGGUCGCAGAUACCUGCUAUUCCUUUUGGAAUGAGGCAUCUCUCCUGAUGCUGGAUCGACUAUCUCUGGUCGACGAAACGCGCAACCGGCGAUAUCUCCUCGAGAAGACGCAACAUAUCAUCGGCGGCUUUGGGAAGUGUGCUGGGGAACCGCCAGAUCUGCUUCAUGCGUACUUCGGGAUGGUGUCGCUUGCUUUCCAGGGUGAGCCGGGAUUAGGUCGCGUCGAUCCCUCGCUGGGAGCCAGUGAGAGCGCUGUUCGACACUUAGAGUCUCUGCCCUGGUGGUAG